AUGUUUUCCUCAAAACAAGCAGUACUAUCGUGUAUUUUUAUAAUAAUCAGUGUUGCAGUUGUGUUCGUACAUUCACAUUCUCAUGACGAAUCACCUGCUUAUAAAUAUUCGAAAACUGCUAAUGAACAAUACAAAACAAAGGAAGAGAAGAUAACAGAACCCGAUUAUGACUUGUAUAUGAGAGCGUUGGGCUCUACUUUGUUUAUUAGUGUUGUACCGUUUUUCAUAUUGUUUUUUAUACCUAUUGAUGGAUCAAUUGAAAAGCAACCACUAUUGAAGGUGUUAUUAUCAUUUGCUUCUGGUGGACUUCUUGGCGAUGCUUUUCUGCAUUUAAUCCCACAUGCCUUAGUUCCUAACCAUGAUGAAACUGGUCACAGUCAUAGCCAUUCACAUAGUAGCCCUGAUGAAGAACAUGAACCUCACGAUAUCUCCGUUGGUUUGGGAGUCCUAGGCGGGAUAAUAACAUUCUUAGUUGUUGAAAAAACUGUUCGAUUGUUUAGUGGUGGACAUGGGCAUUCACAUGGAAAUGAUAAGAAAAAGAGUGAAGAAAAGACAAAAAAAGGAAAGAGCAAAGACAAAAAAGAAGAAAUAAAUAUUUCUGGUUACUUGAACUUGGCUGCAGAUUUUACGCACAACUUCACUGAUGGACUAGCUAUUGGAGCAUCCUACAUAGCUGGGAACAACAUUGGAUUUAUCACUACUGUAACAAUUUUAUUGCAUGAAAUUCCUCAUGAGAUUGGAGACUUUGCUAUCCUUGUGCAAUCUGGCUGCUCAAGAAAAAAAGCUAUGUUUUUACAGUUGUUGACAGCAUUUGGAGCUAUAUCUGGUACAAUCCUGUCUAUAUAUCUACAAGGAUCAAAUGAAAGUCUUGUAUCUUCCCUAAUUUUGCCAUUUACAGCUGGUGGUUUCAUUUACAUAGCCACAGUGUCAGUCAUUCCAGAACUUCUAGAAAACUCACAUAAAUUGUCUCAGUCAAUCAAAGAAAUUAUGGCCCUCUUAGCUGGUGUGUACAUGAUGGUUAUUAUAGCACAAUAUGAAUGAGAUACAUUAUUUUCUAGAGUUUAAUAUCCAUAGAGACAUCACAAGUAGUUUAUGGACAGUUUCCUUUGUUUAGCAAUUUUUUGGUUAUAUAAAUAAAUUUAUAUGUACACUUAUAGACAACUGUAAAUAAAAAGUUUAUAGAAAUACCUUGCAACCACCAGAGAAGGUAUUAAUUAUUAAACAUUUAUAAAUCAUUAGAAAUACAAAUGAAUGAUUGAAAGGAAGAGAAUAUUAAAAUGAGAAGUUAUAUUUUUAUAGCAAUAGGAAAAUAAGUUACUAUAAAUGAACAGAACAUAUUGUUAUGUCGGUAUUCUAUAUUGAGGAAAUGCUUCCUUGCUGGAAAUGUAUGUAUGCCGAAGCUAUUUUUUAAAAUAGUUUUAAUCAUUUUAUUUUCUGCACCAAUAGUGAUAUAAAUUGUUUUUAUUAUUACAUGAAGCUAUUAGAAUAAUAAAGUAUUUUUAUGACUUUUUAGCAUA